ACUCCAGUCAUUCGCAACGUGUUCGCGACUCUAUAAACAACUUCUGUUUCGUAAAUAUUUUUUUCAAAAUUUUCAAUUAUCGUUUUUCGUUUUUCAUCUCAAAAUCCAAUAGGAGAAAAAAUUUAAAAGUUUUUGAAUAAAAAAAAAAAAGUCAUUCCUAUGAAGCGGAGAAAUUCGAAAAAUUUUCAAAUUUGGAGAACAGGAAAGAUGCUCAGUGGUGGUUGAUGAAGAGGAAAUUAAAAAUAUAGUUUUUUUCUAUUCAAAUAUAAUCUAAAAGGGAUUAAAUUGGAAUCAAUUUUUUUUUUGCCUGACAAGACACGCUAAUGACACAAUAUUCAAUUGAUCGAUCGUUUCGAAUUGAGAUCAUCAGGUCGACAGGUGGAUUUUUACGUGUUCUCAGGAGGUCAACUUGAAACGGGAGCCGAAGACAGACUCGAAUUACAAGUCUUGAAAGAGAGAGAGAGAGAAAAAAAAAAGAAUUUUCCGCCUCUUCUCCGACAAAGAAAGGUUUACAAAAUGACUUUCUGGAAUAUUACCUUUCUAGUAUUAUUAGUGACAACUAGAGUUUUCGCUGACUUUCAAGUCUCGAGGCAGGAUCUGACUGUACUUGUUGGAGACAAAAACACCUUUAAUUUAUAUUUAACUGAACCAUUGUCAGCAGAUGUGAAUGUUACUUUUGAUAUACAGCAUCCAGAUUUGAUAAGAGCUAUACCGUCUAGUCUAAGUUUAAAGAAAGGGACACAAGAUAAUUUAACAAUUGAAAUUCAAGCUCUAAAAGCAGGAAGCGUUGUUCUCAGUGUAAAUGCAACACCCAGUAAUAUUGCAAGUAUUACCGAUGCAUUCGUCAGGAUAACUGUGGAAAAAUCGGCUAUUCUCGAUCACAUAAGUUCAGUAGUCGGAUGGCUUUAUUUUUUGGCAUGGAGUGUCAGUUUUUAUCCACAAAUUUUUAGCAACUAUAGAAGAAAAAGUGUCGUAGGAUUAAAUUUUGACUUUUUAUCACUCAAUCUAGUUGGAUUUGUUUUAUACUCCUUAUUCAAUUGCGGUCUCUAUUGGAUACCCGAAAUAGAGCAAGAAUAUUUUAGUCGCUACCCAAAAGGAUUGAAUCCAGUGAAGCCAAACGAUAUAUUUUUUUCGUUGCAUGCAUUUUUUGCAACAGUCAUAACAAUUAUUCAAUGUUUCAUUUAUGAGAUUGGCAAUCAAAGGGUUUCAACGACAGCGCGAAUUAUUCACGGAAUAUUUACAACGUUUAUAAUUAUUAGUAUUAUUCUGUCAUUACUGCAAGUGAUUGCCUGGUUGGAUUUUCUCUAUUACUGCAGUUACGUGAAAUUAGCGAUUACAUUGAUUAAAUAUGUACCGCAAGCAUUUUACAAUUAUAAACGAAAAUCCACUGUCGGAUGGAGUAUUGGAAAUAUUUUUCUCGACUUCACUGGAGGAAUGCUCUCAAUGUUGCAAAUGAUUCUAAACGCUUAUAAUUUUGAGGACUGGGAAAGUAUUUUUGGCGACCCCACAAAAUUCGGUCUCGGAUUCUUUUCCGUCGCUUUCGACGUAUUCUUUCUUGUCCAACAUUAUUGUCUCUAUGGAAAACAUCGUGAAGGCUACAUUAUUCUACCAGGAUCAUGUCAAGCGGAAGGUGUUGAAGAAAGAAUAACCGGAAGAUCAAAGCAAAAAUCUUCUUCGUCUAAUGAAGAAAUUUAGUCUUCAAUUUUUUUUUGUAUUAAAAACAAAAACUACAUUUUACUCAAAGUCACGAUAAAUUAAAUUUUUAUACCAAAUCGUAACGAAUUGAUAUUUAACUUUGCAAAAAUGCAAAAAUAUUACGUUUCCUAAUAUUUUUAAAUUAAUAAUUUAAUUUUUAAUUUACGAACGUUUAUCACAUUUUUUUUCCUAUAAGAAAAAAUUAUCUUCUGAUAAUUAUUUUAUCGGAAUUUGUCAAUUGAAUUACCGUCUACAUUCCUGUUUAAAACUCAAUAUUGUCAUUUUUAUGAGAUUUUAUAUUAUUUUUAAUUAUCUGUGAUUUAAAUUUAAGAAUCUCUUUUGAAGGCAUUUUUAUAAACUCAAGAAUCAAAAAAAUUAUAUUUCAAUAUUAGAGAAAUAUUAAAUGAAAAAUUAAAUCGAUUUUGUUUUAACUAAAAGAAUAAAAAUUGUCUGAAAUAUUUACAUAUUUUGAAAAAUAGGUAAAUCACAUAUUUUAUGAAUAUUUAUCUUGACUGUAAAUUUUUUUACAUAGAAAAGGAAAUUAAUGUUUCUGAUGUAAAUUUUCGAAAAUAUAACUCAUUUGGCUAAAAAGACAA